AAUUUCUUACUUAUUAAAAGAAAAAAAUUCUUAUGCAUUGAAUAAAGAUUUUAAAAAAUAAUUUCUAUUGAUUUAUCAUAUAAAUAAUGAUAAAACUAUUGUGGAUGCUCAAAUGAUAUUAUUUCGAGGAUUUGAACUGUAGAACCACCGUGUUCUUGCGGGAAGAGCCCGAAACAAGGAAACAAUAGCCAAGUGCUAAGCUGAUGAUUCCUGUAGCUUGUUACACAUAAACGAUUCAAGACUUUGAGACGCCUUCCGGCUAACACCCCCGAUGGAAAUCAGAACCACAACCCAGUUAGCAAAUUUCUUGCAACUUUGCAUCGACAAAAAAUCUCAUACAAAAGGAAAGCUCCUCCACGCUCAUAUCCUCCGUACUGGUCUCUUCGCCGACACCUUUCUAUCAAACCGCUUAAUCGAGCUUUAUCACAAAUGUGGUCGCUUAACAACCGCACGCCGAGUGUUUGACAAAAUGCCACACAAGAACCUUUUUUCAUGGCACGCAAUGUUAAGUGCUUUCUGCAAGUCCGGUGAUAUCGACGAAGCACACAAACUGUUUGUGAAAAUGCCCGAAAGAAACUCUGUGUCGUGGAACACUUUAAUCAGUGCCUUAGUUCACAAUGGGUCAGAUCAGAAAGCAUUGAACUUGUAUCACGACAUGAACAAAACAGGUCUCUUGCCUACAAAUUUCACAUUAGCUAGUGUCUUAAGUGCGUGUGGGGCACUUAAAGAUUUCAUCUGUGGUUGUGAAUGUCAUGCGUUUUCUACCAAAAUUGGGCUUGAUAAGAACAUAUACGUUGGUAAUGCUUUGUUAGGUAUGUAUGCAAAAUGUGGCCAUAUACAGAAUGCAAUCAAGGCUUUUGAAGACUUACCUGAAGUCAAUGAGGUUUCUUUUACAUCCAUGGUAGGGGCAUUAGGGGAAACUGAUCAUAUCAAUGAUGCUUUUCACAUGUUUCAAUCAAUGCAUAGAAUUGGGAUACAGAUUGAUGCAAUAUCAAUGUCUAGCAUCCUUGGUGUAUGUGCUAGAAGUGGGAAUAAUGAGUUAGGGCAACAGUUUCAUGAUCUCACAAUUAAACUUGGGUUAGAAAAAGAUUUACACUUGAGUAAUUCAUUGUUAGACAUGUAUGCAAAAAAUGGAGAUAUGAAUAGUGCUGAAAUGGUGUUUAACAAUCUGUCUCAAGUUAGUGUUGUUUCUUGGAAUGUUAUGAUUGGUGGAUAUGGUCAACAACAUGAAAUAAAAAAGUCAAUAGAUUGUUUGAAAAGAAUGGAAAGAUUCGGUUUAAAACCAGAUGAAGUAACCUACAUAAAUAUGCUCACAGCAUGUAUCAAAUCUGAAGAUAUCAAAACUGCUCAUGAGAUAUUCAAUAAGAUGACAUUUCCAACUUUAAGUUCUUGGAAUACUUUGCUUUCAGGAUAUUCCCAAAUUGGAAAACAUAAAGAAACUGUUCAACUUUUUAGAAACAUGCAGUUUUGUAAUGUGAAAGGUGAUCGAACAACUUUUUCUGUUGUUUUUAGCUCUUGUGCUUCUUUGAGACUUUUGAAAAGUGGAACACAAGUUCAUGCAGCAUCAUUAAAGAUUCAUAUUGAUGAUGAUAUUUAUGUUGCUAGUGGACUUAUCGGGUUGUAUUCCAAAUGUGAAAAAAUCAAUCUUGCAAAAAUUAUAUUUGAUAGAAUGAAUACUCAAGUUGAAGAUAUUGUUUGUUGGAAUUCUAUGAUGUUAGGAUUGUCAAUCAAUAAUCUUGAAAAUGAAUCCUUUGUUUUAUUCAAGAAACUUCUAGAAACCGAAAUGAUUCCUUCUCAAUUCUCUUAUGCUACUAUCCUAAGUUCUUGCACAAAGCUAUUAUCUUUAUCUCAAGGAAGACAAAUCCAUGCUCAUGUAUCGAAACAAGAAAUGGAAAUCGAUGUUGUUGUUGGAAGUGCUUUAAUCGAUAUGUAUUCAAAAUGUGGAGAUGUAAAUGAUGCAAGAUUAGUUUUUGACACAAUGAUUACAAAAAACACGAUUACAUGGAAUGAAAUGAUUCAUGGGUAUGCACAAAAUGGAGAAGGAGAAAAAGGGGUUUUACUUUAUGAAGAAAUGAUCAAUGAGAAAAAACUAAAACCUGAUUCGAUAACUUUUAUUGCUGUUUUAACUGCUUGUAGUCAUUCAGGGUUGAUUGAUUACGCGAUUAAAAUAUUUAACUCAAUGUUUCAAGAACAUGGAAUUGAACCUGUUUCGGAUCACUACACUUGUGUGAUUGAUGCUUUGGGACGUGAUGCUAGGUUUGAUGAAAUCGAGGUUAUUUUAGGUAAUAUGCCGUGUGUGAAUGAUACGAUUGUGUGGGAAGUUCUUCUAAGUUGUUGUAGAGUUCAUGGUAAUGUGAAGUUAGCAAGAAGAGCAGCUGAAGAGCUUUUUAGGUUAGAUCCUUGUAAUUCGGCUCCUUAUGUGCUUUUAGCAAAUAUGUAUUCUUCUUUAGGGAGAUGGGAUGAUGUAAGGAAGAUUAGGGAGUUGAUGAUUGAAAAGAAAGCAGUAAAAAAUCCGGGGUAUAGUUGGGUUGAACAUAAAGAUGGGAUUCAAGAGUUUAAUGUUGAUAAAAAUGAACAAGUGAGUGAUGAACGAUAUUGUUUGAGUGGGUGAAAGGACGAAAAUGACCUUGAGAGGUUAAAUGAGGUUAAGAUUAUUAAUCUUAAUCUAUUGGUACAUCUGUAUGUUGGUGUAAGAGUGUGAAAGAAAAAGGUCUAGAUGUAAGAAAUCGUAAUAUACUUUCGGUUAUUUGUUUGUUAUUGUAUUUUACAAUAUUAAAGUUUGAAUACUAUUUCUUGCAUUUAAACCUAAUGAGAAUGGUUAUGCUGUCUAUGAAUGUCACAAAGGAAAAAGUGACAAGUGAUUUAGCGUGUACACUUGCAUCAAAUUGGCAAUGUUAUGGUAUGCUUAGUGUCUUUUGUAUUGGAAGUUUUUGAAUUUGUGGUUUAUGUUUCU